AUGGCCCUGAGCGCUCUGAGCGCCACCGCGCUGCUCUCCACGGGUUUCUUGGCGCCCAGCGCGCCCAGCGGGAGCGCCUCCCUCCGCGGCGCCAAGGCCGCCGCGAGCGGCGCCGCAGGCGCAGGCAGCGGCAGCAGCGCCGCGGGUGCACAGGCGGCAGUGGUGGCGGCCACUCUGGUGGCAGCAGGACGCCUGCGGAAGGGCGUGGCGCGCAAGGCAGAGGAAUUUGCCGGAGGCCUCAUCGGCGGCGAGUCUGCCUUCGCAGGGCAGGACUUCAAUUUCGACCCCCUUGGCCUCUCGGUGAAGUGCGAGAAAUUCCUCCCUUGGUUCAGAGAGGCGGAGCUGAAGCACGGGCGCAUCGCGAUGCUGGCGUGGGUGGGCCUGGUGGUGCCGGAGUUCGUGCGGGUGCCCGGGCCGGAGGCCUGCUACGGCGCCAAGAACGUGGUGGAGGCCCACAACGCCUGCGCCGGUGACCCGUAUUUCCCCUUCAUCAUCGAUGCCACCGACUUCUACGGGAAGGAUGGCCAUCAGGUGGGCCCGCUCUUCCAAGUCUUUGCCUUCUGCGGCGCCGUCGAGAUGCUGACGACCUUUGCGAAGACUGCCAACGUGUCCAACAAGCCAGGGCUGACGCUGGCCAACGCUGGGGACUACCGUCUGGGUGCCAACUUCCUGCCCGAGGAUGAGGCCAAGGCCAAGGAGAUGAAGCUCAAGGAGCUGAAGAACGGACGCCUGGCCAUGCUCGCCUUCGGCGGCGCCAUCACGCAGGCCACGCUGACUGGCAACGGCUUCCCCUGGCUCUACGCUCAGAAGGAGACGGCAGGACGCUCCUUCACCCCUGCGGCACACAGCUUUGCCGGAGCCAGCGGCGCCAAGACUGCCCCCAAGACGGCAAGGAGGGCAGACGGAGGCUACAAGAUGAGCCCGGCGGUGCCCUUCCUGCCCAUGUCGCCGGCGCUGGAGGGCAUCCCGGGAGAGGAGGAGGGCUUUGACCCCAUGGGCUUCUCUCUGGCCAUUGACAUCCGCUGGCUCCGUGAGGCGGAGCUCAAGCACGGGCGCGUGGCCAUGCUCGCCACGGUGGGCUGGAUCGCCACGGACAUGGGCAUGCGCGUGCCUGGCGAGCCCUUCCAAAUCUCCACGGUCGAGGCCCACGACGCCAUGGUGAAGUUCGGCUCCAUGCCGCAGAUGCUGGUGUGGCUUGGCUACCUCGAGCUCUUCGGGUUCUUGGCCAUCAUCAACAUGAUGGAGGGCAAGACCGACCGCAAGCCUGGCGACUUUGGGCUGCGGGGCUUCUACCCCUCAGACCCCAAGGGCCAGCACGACAUGCAGGUGAAGGAGCUGCGGAACGGGCGCCUGGCGAUGUUGGCCUAUGGCGGCAUCGUGACCACUGCGGUUCUGACGCAGGAGAAGUGGCCCUUCUUCGAUGCCGUGGUCAACGCCCUGCCCGAGUCGAAGCCUGGCUUCGGCGCCAGCCGCAGCGGCCUUUGCGGGGCGACGCGCAGCAGCCGCACGGUGCUCCGAGCGGCUUCCACCAGCAAGUCCCUGCCCUUCCUGCCGAAGCCCCAGAACCUCGGCGGCCUCGCGGGCGGCGAGGCGGAGUUCGACCCCCUGGGCUUCUCAGACACCUUUGACGUGAAGUGGCUCAGGGAGAGCGAGCUGAAGCACGGGCGCGUCUGCAUGCUGGCCACUGUGGGCUUCGUGGUGGAGCAGUACUUCCAGUUCCCCGGCUUCGAGGGCUCCGAGGACGCACUGAAGGCCAUUUGGACGGCGCCCGUCAACAUGACUGCGCUGCUGCUGGUGGUUUGCGGGUACAUCGAGAGCUCUGCCUACGGGGGCAAGCUCACCAUGCUGGACAUGUUCGAGGGGGAGGGAGCCACGCGGGCCCCGGGCGACCUGAACUUUGGCAAGCGCUUCCUGCCUGCGGACAAGGCGGCGGCCGAUGAGAUGGCGACCAAGGAGCUGUCGAACGGACGCCUGGCAAUGCUGGCCUUCUCUGGUAUGGUGCAUCACAACUUGGUGGUGAAGGGCCCGCUCUUCCCGCUCUUCCCGGAGGGCUGGGCGGGCCCCCAGGGCUCCUGGGACCUGGACUCCACCGCCGGGGCCCUGAACAGCGGCUCCCUGGGCCUCUGA